GUUUCUCGUACUACAUGUAUCUUUCGGAACACCAAUCGUGGGCGCAGCCGGAAGAUAGUCACACUGUCGAUCUAUUCAAGUCAGAAAAGGCAUACGCGUUCAGAUGCUGCGCAUGUCAUAUUUGCAUGGAGCGCGAACCUUCGGCCAAUUAAAACCUGCUGCGCACAGAUUCCAGGUAUUUAUAGACGAUAUUAUGCUCGGUUACGCUCUCCAGACCUUACCUACCGCGGUAAAGAUGAGGUCCUACCUGCUAUCUUGCUCUUAUUUCGCGUCACUUGCACCUUUCGUUGCGAGUCUGACCUCCCGAGGGAACGAGUGUCGAUGCCUAUACGGUGAUGCAUGCUGGCCCAACGACUCCGACUUCGCCAGCCUUUCCGCCCGCGUUUCUCAAUCUCUCAUCCAUCCUUUACCUCCUGCCGCUGUGUGUUAUCCAGUAGGUAAUCCUUCCGGUAACUGCACCGAUGUUCAGCUCCACACUACGGACGGAAAUUGGCGUUCCGAUCAACCCGGGUCUAUGCAGAAUACCAACUUCGAGACCUUCAUCUUCCCGAAUGACACAAUCAGUGCUUGUUACCUCAAUACCACACUCGGAGUUCCUUGCACUCAAGGAAGUGUACCUCCCGUUGGCGUCGAUGCUCGCACCGUGGAAGAUGUCCAGGCGGCUGUUCAGUUUGCUGCAAACCAUAAUUUGCGUUUGGUCGUUAAGAAUACAGGGCAUGACUUCUUGGGUCGAAGCACUGCUCGCAACGCGUUCUUGUUGUGGACACAUCACCUCAAGAAUAUCACCUAUGACGGUGCAUUUGUGCCGGUCGGCGGUCCGAAAGACAAGACCUACAAAGCGCUCACUGUCGAAGCUGGGGUCCAGUGGCACGAAGCCUACGACGCAGCUGAACAAAAUGGACGGUUUGUUGUCGGGGGUAUAUCUGCUGGAGGAUCAGUUGGCGCUGCUGGCGGUUGGAUUCAGGGUGGAGGCCAUAGUGCUUGGUCCCCGUCGUACGGGCUUGGGGUGGAUAACGCAUUACAGUUCACUGCUGUGGUUGCAUCCGGUGAACACCUAAUCGCGAACGCUCACACCAACACUGACCUCUUUUGGGCCUUGAGAGGGGGAGGUGGAGGAACUUAUGGUGUCGUAACCUCCGUCACCUAUCUCACACACGAUCCAGCUCCCGUCGUUGGUCUUUUCAUUAGCUCAAAUUUCUCAUCAACAGAGGUAGCAAGAUCCGUUCUGUCCGAAUACUUCAAGCUCCAGCCAACCCUCGCUGACGCUCGUUGGGGAGGCUACUCCUUCCUCUCAUCCACGUCGCUGCUCAGCAUCUUGAUUGCCCCCAACACAGAUUGGGCAUUUGCGAAUGCGACAGUUGCACCUUUCAUCAAUUUCACGUUCAAUAUGUCCGCUGAUACGAGCUUCGAGAGCUUCCCCUUCCCUUCGUUUUACAACUUGUACACACUUGUCCUCGCUGAUGGCACACAGAACGGGUUUAAUCAGGAGAUAGCUUCGCGUUUGAUCCCGAGAAGCGUUUAUGAAACUAGAUACGAGAAGAUCGCGGACGCCGUCAUUGCGUUCAAUGGUACCCUGAAUUUCAAUCAAGUCGCCGGGGGUGUGGUCUCUUCAGUCAAUCCAGACUCUGUCGGUGUCAAUCCGGCUUGGCGGGACGGCUUAGCUUUGGGUAUUGGUGGUGGUGGUUGGAAGGAAGGGGCUACAGUUGCCGAGAUUCAAGCACAGAAACAGAGAGCCAAGGACUGCCUUUCUAUCCUUGAAAAUCUGCACCCCGGUGGCGGGACGUACUUCAAUGAGGCUUCCUUGUACGAGUCUAAUCCGGCACAUACCUUCUUUGGUAACCACUAUAGUCGCUUGCUCGCUAUCAAGGACCAUUAUGAUCCUCGCGGGUUGUUUGUAGUUGCUGAAGGGGUUGGCUCCGAACGUUGGGAUGAAUCUCUCAACUGCCGCAAGCGCCACUAGCUAUGAGUACGUUAGCAUGGGAACCCUCCUACUAUUUAUUUACUGGUGUUUCCUACUUUUCUCGGGCCGUGUGUACGACCUAUAUCCUAGUACUGGGGGCCAUACAGGGUAACGAUUUAUCUCUUCGCCACUUGUUCUAAUGCUAGUAUUCUGCAAUGACCUAUUCUAAAUUGACUUAAGAGAAA